AUGGACCGUAAUGCUAUUAAACGUAGACGUUAUUCUAAUAUGCCGGAAGAAAAAAAGGAUGAAUUGUUGAGGCGUAGACGAGAGGCAUACGCUCGAAAAAAAGCUACUACUGUCCAGUCUACUGAGACCUCUAGAUGUUCUUCUAUAGCAGAAGAAAAGAGAAAUAAGUCAGUGUUGUCUGGUGCAAAAAAAACAAAGAAAGUUGCAUGUAAUGUUCCUUCACAUUCUGGUUGCGAAGUACGAACUUCUAAGAAUAAUCAGAAGCCUUGUGGUUCUGCUUCUGGAUUAUCUCCAUCAGCAUUAACUGCUAAUAGUUUAAUUGCUGAUUCAUCUGGUUGUGUGGAACAAUCAGUUAUCAGUACUAGCGAAUUAGCUGAUUUGUUUGAUAGUACGACACAACGCUUUGAGGCAUCGUCAAGCACCUUGCCUUCACCUGUUCUUUCGGCUGAUCAUCAUCCUGUACCUACAGUUCACAAUCAAUCCCUUAUAGAGGAAGGAACAUGUAUAAUCAAUGUUGGAUCAUCUUGUUCCUCCAAGGAUGGCAAUAAGAAACAAGUUCUUGUUAAUGCUAUUAAACGUAGGCGUUAUUCUGAUAUGCCGAAAGAAAAAAAGGAUGAAUUGUUGAGGCGUAGACGAGAGGCAUAUGCUCGAAAGAAAGCAACUUCUAUCCAAUCUACUGAAACCUCUAGAUGUUUUUCUAUAGCAGAAGAAAAGAAAAAUAAGACAGGGUUGUCUGGUGACAAAAAACAAAAGAAAGUUGCAUCUGAUGUUCCUUCACGUUCUGGUUCCAAAGUACGGAAUUCUAAGAAUAAUCAGAAAGUUUGUGGUUCUGCUUCUGGGUUAUCUCCAUCAGCAUCAGCUCCCAAUAGUUUAAUUGCUGAUUCAUCUGGCUGCAUGGAACGAUCAGCUAUCAGUAAUAGUGAAUUAGCUGAUCUGUUUGAUGGUAUGUCACAACGCCUCGAGGCAUCGUCAAGCACCUUGUCUUCACCUGAUCUUUCAAUUGAUCAUCAUCAUGUACCUGAAGUUCACAAUCAUUCCCUUAUAGAGGAAGGAGCAUGUAUAAUCAAUGUUGAAUCAUCUUGUAACUCCAAGGAUGGCAGUAAACAACAAAUUCUUGUUAAUACUCAGCUUCAAAAUACAGGAAAAAGAAAAAAAGCUAAAAAGGGGAGCUACCAUCGUCUGAACAAAAUUCCGACUGAAUCAUUGAUACUGCCCGAUGCACUCAACUGUGAACACUGUGGUGCUAAGCGAUUCCAUUUAGAACCACCGAGUUUUUGCUGUUCUGGAGGCGAGGUUUCUGUUGUUAUCCCUGUUAUGCCUUAUGAACUUUUUCGGCUCUAUUCUGGUACAGAUGAGGAAUGCAUUAACUUUCGGAAGAAUGUUCGUACUUAUAACAACAAUCUUGCAUUUACAUCGUUUGGUGCAAAAUAUGAUAAGAAUUUGACCAAAAAUAGCCAGGGAGUUUACACUUUCCGGGUACAGGGGCAGGUCUAUCAUCUCUUGAACAGUUUAAUACCAAAUGAUCGCCCACCUAUUGGUAUUCAGUUGUAUUUCUAUGAUCAAGAGGAGGAGAUCUCAAAAAGACUUGGUGUUUCUCCUAGGUUGCGUGAGAGUACUCUUAAACUUUUGAUGGGUAUUCUUGACAAGAAUCCUUACACUAGGUUCUUUAAGAGUUUAAAAGACCUUCCUAAUCUAGACGAUCAUAAUAUAUUUCUUAAUUCCAAUCCCGGGUUGGAUCAGCGUCUGUAUAACAUACCAACCUCUUCAGAAGUUGCUGCUAUUUGGACUGAGACAGAUAAUGAAAGCCUUGACAAGAGUGCACAUAUACAAGUGUAUACUCAUUCAAAUUCAAGUCAUAGGAUUCAGCAUUAUUUUGCUUGCUAUGAUUCACUGCAAUAUCCACUGUUGUUCCCACGAGGUGAAUCUGGCUGGCACUACGGCAUUCCAAGAAAGACCAUUCCUCAUAAAAGAAAAAGGAAGGAAUCUGAUGAUGAUGCUCUUCCUGAUGUUUCUCAAAUCAGAAGUGCUGCAGGCCUUAUUGACAUGGAAAAUGAAGUUGCUGAGGAAGGGAAAAACAAACGAGAAACUAUUUCUGCCAGAGAAUACUAUUGCUAUAAAUUACAGAUUAGAGAUGACGAUAGAUCAAUGAUCUUGCACACGAGGCGAUUAUUGCAGCAAUUUGCAGUUGAUAUUUAUGUUAAGAUUGAGACUUCUAGGCUUGACUACCACAGGAAAAAACAAACUGAAAUAAGAACUGAAAUUCUUAAAGGUGUAGUGGAUAGCAUCUCUACUGGGCAGUCUGAAGGUAGUAAGAUUGGUCGUCGGGUUUAUCUUCCGUCUUCUUUUAUUGGUGGUCCAAGGGACAUGAGACGAAGGUAUAUAGAUGCUAUGUCUUUGGUGCAGAGAUAUGGUAAACCUGAUCUAUUUAUUACCAUUACUUGUAAUACGAUGUGGAAAGAAAUACAAGAAAAUUUAAAAUAUGGAGAAGAAGCUCAAGACAGACCAGAUUUGGUCACACGGGUGUUUAGAGCGAAGUUGGAAUUGCUAAAAGCUGAGAUUACAAAAAAAAAAUUUUUUGGUGAGGUCGCUGCUUGUGUGUAUGUGAUUGAGUUUCAGAAGAGAGGUCUUCCUCAUGCUCAUAUAUUAGUUAUUUUAAAACCAGAAUAUAAACCACUGAAUCCUGAGGCUUAUGACAUGAUAGUCUCUGCUGAAAUACCUGAUCCAGUUACACAGCGCCAUUUGUAUCUUUUAGUUAUGAAACACAUGAUUCAUGGUCCUUGUGGAUCAUUAAAAAAAGAUGAUGUAUGCAUGAAAGAUGGUAUGUGUAAGAAUCACUAUCCAAAGGAUUUCAAUGACUACACUACUUAUGCAGAGGAUGGAUAUCCUCACUAUAGAAGAAGGAUGAAUGGUCGGUCUGUUAAAGUGAGGAAUCAUUUGUUGGAUAAUAGAUGGGUGGUGCCAUACAAUCCGUACUUGCUUGCUUUAUUUGAUUGCCAUUUGAAUGUUGAGAUCUGCUCAACUGUCAAGUUAGUCAAAUAUCUCUACAAAUAUGUUUAUAAAGGGCAUGAUCGUGUCAGCUUUCAUAUCCAUUCAGAGAACAACCAUGAAGAUGUUGAUGAGAUUUUAGAUUUUCAGUCUGGUCGUUGGGUUGCUGCUGCAGAGGCUUUUUGGCGCAUUUUCCGCUUUAAAUUGAGUGAGAUGACGCCAAGUGUUUAUGCAUUACAGGUUCAUUUACCUGGAGAGCAAAUGAUUUCUUUCCAUAAGAAAACUAAUCUUGCUGAUUUAGUGAAUGAUGUCGACUUCUCAAAAACAAUGCUGACUGAGUACUUUUAUGUGAACCGAACAAAUAAAGAAGUUCAGAAUCUAAAGCUCUUGUACAAGCAGUUUCCUGAGUUUUUUGUCUGGAAACCAGCUAAAAAACGCUGGUCUCGAAGAAAGCAGCGAAGAGUCAUUGGAAGAUUAGUAUCAGUUAGUCCUACAGAGGGAGAACGAUAUUAUUUGAGACUGCUUUUAACUCACGUUCGUGCACCUACUUCCUUUGAUGAUUUGUUAACUGUUAAUGGAGUUCAUAUGAGUUCCUACAGAUUAGCUGCUUUUGAGAUGGGAUUACUUCAAUCUGAUACAUAUAUUGAAGAUACUCUUGAUGAAGCUGCUACUUUUCAGAUGCCUUCUUCAUUUAGAAGCUUAUUUGCUAUAAUGCUAGCUUUCUGUUCUCCAUCAAAUCCAAAAGGCCUGUGGGAAAAGUAUGAAAGUGAACUGUCAAGAGAUUUUCAAAGGAAUAGAUCAUUAACUGGUAAUAAUUCUGAUUACAUCAGAAUGUUUGCUCUUGAGGAGAUCAAUAAAUUCCUAGAACAAAUGGGUAAGAGUGUAGAUGAUUUUCACUUGGCCUUUCAUCAUCUUCGAGCUACAGCGGAUCAACAGAUUACAAAGGAAAUUGAGGCAGAAAGAAACAUUCAGUUUUCAGAAGAGGAUCUGCUCUUGCCUUCAAGGCUAAAUAUGGGACAGAAAUUUGCUUAUGAUACAAUUAUGAAACAGAUUUUUUCAACAGAGGCCAAAAGUUUUUUCAUUGACGGGCCUGGUGGAACCGGCAAAACAUUUCUUUAUCGUUCACUUCUAGCUACAUUGCGCUCCCAAGGUUAUAUAGCCAUUGCUGUGGCGUCGUCUGGAGUUGCAGCCUCCAUUCUUCCUGGAGGAAGAACAGCGCAUUCGCGCUUUAAAAUCCCACUUGAUAUGUCUGAAGUUAGACCAUGCCAAAUUAGCAAGCAAAGUUCUACUGCUAAAUUGAUUGUCCAGUCUAAACUCAUUCUGUGGGAUGAAGCCUCAAUGGUUAGACGAGAAACGAUUGAAGCAUUCGAUAUGCUUCUUAAAGAUAUUAUGGAAUGCAGUGAUCCUUUUGGCGGCAAAGUAGUAAUUUUUGGAGGAGAUUUUCGGCAAACCUUGCCUGUCAUUCAGAAUGCAACAAGAGAUGUUUUAGUACAAGCAAGCUUUGUUAAUUCGCCUCUGUGGAGCACUUUACAGAAAAUUACUUUAACAGAGAAUAUGAGAGCUGUUAUGGAUCCUCCAUUUUCUGAAUUCUUGCUCCAAAUUGGAGAAGGCCGUCAACCAGAAGAUGAAGAUGGGAAGAUAUCUUUAUGUAAAGAUAUGGUGAUUCAUUAUGAUGGCAAAGAUACUGCUCUUACCAGGUUAAUACAAACUGUAUUCAGUGACCUAAACGUGUAUUCCUUGGAUCCAUAUCAAAUGAUCAACCGUUGUAUUCUAUCGGCAACAAAUAGUGCUGUUGAUGAUGUCAAUCAGACUAUCAUUGAUAGGUUUCCUGGAGAACCGCAUGUUUAUACAAGUACUGACAGGACUCUUAACGAAAGGGAUCAAGGUGACUAUGAAGACUUGCUUAAUUCUCUCAACCCGAAGGGAUUGCCUCCUCAUAAGUUGAUUUUGAAGAAAAACUGUCCGCUAAUUCUUGUGAGGAACUUGAACCCAACAGAAGGUCUUUGUAAUGGUACCAGACUAAUAUGCAAGGAACUGCGACAGAAUACCAUUUGUGCUGAAAUAGCAGUAGGGCAGCACCGUGGGAAACAAGUUUUCUUGCCAAAGAUUCCUCUUCAAUCCUCUGACAGCGAAAAAAAUGGAAUCCCUUUCAAAAGAACUCAAUUUCCUGUCAAAUUAUGUUUUGCAAUGACAAUUAACAAGUCUCAGGGACAGACUCUGGAUUAUGUCGGAAUAUAUUUGCGCGAGCCCGUUUUCUCUCACGGGCAGUUAUAUGUUGCCCUUUCUCGAGCAAAAACUUCAGCUGCAGUGAAAGUGUUGAUAAUACCAGCAACUUUUCAUGACAUGGUUACUGAGUUCAGAACUAGAAAUAUUGUCUUUCAUGAAGUUCUUGAAUUAUCUAAGCAGUAG